CGGCAUUAUCACCCAAUCCUACACUCGCUCAUGAAUACAUAUCCAUACACACCACAAUCCAGUUCUCACUUCACUCCCCUCACCCCUCCUUAUCACUACCAGCAUGAUCCCCUCAUAGUCGACGUCACUUACGCUUAUCCGUACGCCCAUUCCUCCGCUUCCACGCUCGCAGGUCGGUCGCCCGCGGACAUCAUGGACUACAUGUAUGGCAAGCCUGACUUUGGGGCGUCGAUAGGAGUCGGUGCUCCUCUGUCUUUAAGACCCGAGAGGGCGGUGGCAACUGCUAAACCUAGACCUCCACCCGUAUUCGACCCCACUUUGGCAACACCAGAGUUGUUUGAUCCAGUCAGAGGAAGGAGGACUUUGAAGCCUGAUAUGAACAUGGCGAAGAAGGGAUCUUUUGCUGGUACUGCUACUGUUCAGACACCUCUGGCCGCCCACAUAGCUGGAUUGCUGGUGCACAUAUGGUUCGGACGCUUCCCUCAAAUACGACCAAAUACACCCUCGCGAAACAUACCCAACUCUUUGGACCUCAGCCCGAACUUUACUUCUCCCAUCAACCCAUUACAAUUCCAACCAGCAGAGUCCUUUAUCAACAACGUUGCCCGCAUCCUUCAAGUCACCCUCGUCUCUCACAGCGUCAGCGUCAUCUCCUUGCUCUACGUUUAUCGGAUCAAAACAAUGACGCAGCUCGCAGACUAUCCUUUACCCCAAGGGAGCGAGUGGGGAGUGUUCGUGACGAGUUUGAUCCUGGCAAAUAAAUACCUUGAUGACAACACGUAUACCAAUGCGACUUGGGCUGAACUCUCCGGUUACAACGUUAAGACGAUAAACGGUUUGACAUACAGCCUUACGGUCAACAAAGAAGACUACGAACACUGGAACAUGAUCCUCGAAGGUUUCGUUCAUGCCAAGGAACGCGAGAACGCUUUGAACCGAAGUCGCCUUGCAUAUUCCCCUUACACCAUUCCGCAAGCUGGCUUGUACACCCCUCAGUCCAUUGCCGCUCCCACCAUACCCAUUCCUGGUGGUUUAUACCGAGCUCGAACCGCUUCACCCGCCAAAACGACUCCCUAUGGAUCUGUUCGAGCAUCUCCCGAAUAUCCAAGGAAACGUUCAGCUGUCGACGCGUUCGCCGGAGAUCUUCCCAGCUCAUCAACCUCGGUCAUGGAACAGAUGCGUCUACCAAGUCGGAAAGCCGGCUUCACCCAUCCAGUUACUCCCAAUUACGCCGAUGUGGUAUACGGUGCACCGGUGAUGGAUCAACAAGGAGAAGGUUCUGGGCUGGGUCGGUCGUCGUCUCUAAACCGACAAAUUGCCAGAUUUCCGCACCAACUUCAUGGCAGAAGAGGAUCUGUGGGACAUGUUCCUGCACCGACGCCUGCAAAUGCUCCCCAGAUGCCCCAGCAGCUGCCCCCGAUGCAACAUGCAAUGGAUGUGGACAUCUCGUCUGGACAGCGCGAUCUGUAUUCCGCUCUCACAUCGGCGUUCGCGUCCAUGCAACUUCCGGCCAAUGUGCCUCCCGAGCAUUUGGUGUUCUAUACAAUAGCGGCCGAUCCUCACCCAGGACAAGAUGGUGCUCCUCGAAAAGGAAUAUUACAUUAUCAAGAAGCCUUCCCCAUGUACCCCCCUGAUAUCCAACCAUACGCCAUGCCACCUCGAUCUGCUCAAUACUCCGAUUAUUCAGGAUCAGAACCAGCACAAUCUCUUCGACCUUCUCCCAUUGCUCGAUUCACACAUUCUAGUCAUGCGACGCCUUACCACAACCAAUCUCCAUACAUACCUGAUCCUAUCUAUCUUCCUCCUCCACCAUCAUCCGCCACCACUCAAACGAAUCAUGACCCAGAGUGGCAAAGGGCGGAACCGAUGCCUGCUCAAUUUGCUAACGCCGGUCCUCCUGGUUACACCUACAACCCAUGGAGAUCACAUGACUAUAACGAGGGAUCACAGGAAUAUAACGAGGAAGAGGCAAUAUGGGGAUCGACAGCUGAUGAUGCGUAUCUGCCUGGGGCGAGUGGCGGGGUAGUUGAGACAGGUUUGGGUAUUGCCGGUAUUAAUCCUGGCCAACGGCCCAUGGGAGAGACAAGAUCAUGGCAUACUCCACCGAAUAGGGAGAAUGAUCAUGCGGAGAGGUUCGGUCAAGGGUAUUGGUAA